AUGAUUGCCAAAGCAGUCGAUGAAGCCCUCCAAAGCGCGGACCGGAUGCUUUUCCCCUCCCUGCAGCCUGCGUCGCUCGAGGGAAUUCCGAUAGUGCCCCAAGUGCUCACCACGGUCCUACAACCCCCCCCAGAAGAACUGUCCUCGAAUUCCCAACCCACAGACCCGGGCCCUCCACCAUCGGCGACACCAUCCGCACCGCAAAUGGAGAGUCCUCCAGCAACGACGAAUCCACCAAAGAAACCACGGGGAAGGCCACGAAAAAACGCCCCGAAGGCGCAAACUGCCGCCGUUGAGACUACCAAGAAGAAACGAGGAAGACCGCCCAAGAAUGCCGCAAAGCCAACCCCAAACCCUUCUACCAACCAGCCCGCGAGCGAAACGACAGCUCCGCGCAAACGAAGAGUCAGAGUGGAGCUUAAAGAAGAUUUCGAGGAUGCUCAGGAGAGGAUGUUACGGGACGCCAGGGUCGAAUGUGACUGGGUACUCCAGCAAAGGUGCCCCGCAUGCUUCUCGUCCAAAACCUUUGGGAACAAGGCCAAUGGAGGCGCAAGUAACAUACAGGUCUGCGUCGACGGCAACUUCAGCCACCGUCACAUCCGCCGGGAUACGGACCACCAGCGGCAACAUUUUCCACCAGAAUAUUACCUCCCCAAGGCCUAUGUUGACAAGGUCGGCAACCACAUCGAUCUCGUCCGCGACAACCAGCCCAAAGCUCGUGACCCGAAAGUGCCAGACGAAGCCGUCGAUGAAUGCGAAGACGGGCAUAUCGCCGGGAAAGGGACGAAUGUCAAGACCAGUACCCAAAUGUACGAUGACACCGGUACGAUGGCCCUCGUAUGCCGACACGAUGUCCCGCUUUUCCUGGCCAACAUCGACACCCCUGGUGAGCAGCAAAAGUACGGCGUCGCCCUAGUCAAGAAACUGUACUCGCUCUUGCCCAAGGAUGCCACCGUGGAUGUUUUUUACGAUGUAGCCUGUGUCCUUGACCGGAGCCUCGAGACUUACGAUAUCCUACCUGAGGCUCUCACGAGCCGACUAUCCCUUAUCACCAGCGCCAUGCAUUCGUACGCCCAUCAAUGGUCGUGCCAGCUUUACUACAACCCUCGACUGCGCAAGUUCACGGGGCUCACGGACGGAGAAGGAGUUGAACGGUUCUGGGCUAAGCAUCGGCGGGUAAUACCCCUAAUGCGGGUGUCAGGGCGGGAGAAACGUCUACAGCUAAUUGACCGCCACACGGCCGCUAUUGGGGCUCAGGCACGCGAUGGACUUGGAGCGUGGAUCAAAGCCAGGGUCAAGGUGGUAGAAAAAUUCCGAGUCGAGGCCACCACAGAGCUUCGAGCUUGUGGUGUCCCCGUUGCAGAACUCCGCGACCUAUGGGCGGACCAACAGAAAGCAGGGAAGUCGAUACGAACGCUGCGACCGUCCAAACUCAAGAAAGAUAUGGACGUGAUUUUGGUGUUACAGUCCGACCUCGACCGCAUCGAAGGACGCAUCGAAGAAGUCGUCAAUGGGCUCGACGACGAGUUCCCCGAAGAACACAAACAAGGGCUGCUCACCGCUUUGAACGCUGCCCACGCCGCCCUCAAGGAUCGCAUUGAGGCCACUUACAUGGCCAUCAACGUGGGUGACGCACACCCAGACCUUCAGGGGCUCGACUACGAGUUUGUCAAGGCGUUGCUUCUCCUUCGUGAUCUCAAAAUCAACAUACGCCGUCGCGCAAUAGCACAAUUUUUCGAACGGGAAAAACUUCAACAGCCAUCCCAAGGACGGGCCAACCCACUCGGACCUAGGCACCAAUUUACAUCAGCUGACACGUAA